AUGUUCCGCUGUGGUGUAAACAUGAUGGUGCACAAUUAUUUAAUGGAAUUACAGACUCUGAUAUCUGCAGACCAUGUGGAGAGGUUGAUUUACAUUGAUUGGAUCAGACUGUACGCAUUCUUUUACCCACAAGAGUUGACGGCAUAUCGACAUUACACCAUUGAAGAGGAGCAUGAACUGAACAUGAUUGAGACUGGAUUAAAGCAUGAUGAUGCCAACAAAUGCUGGACCAUAAAUUACCCAUGGAAACGGAAUCCUUCAGAACUGCCUAAUAACAUACAAGCUGUUAUAGGCCGUUUACGGUCAACGGAACAACGACUGAAAAAAACUGGCGAUGAACACACUCAGGAAUAUCAAAAACAGAUAGAUGACAUGGUGCAGAGAAAGGCUGCUAGAAAAUUAUCACCAGAGGAAGUUACUUCAUACAAAGGACCUGUGCACUAUCUUCCACAUCAUGAGGUUUUAAAACCAGAAUCAUCAUCCACACCACUUCGAAUUGUGUUCAACUCUUCUGCUUCCUACAUGGGUCAUGUUAUUAAUGACUACUGGGCUAAAGGACCAAAAGUUUUAAAUGAUCUUCUUUCCAUCUUGUUGAAGUUUCGAGAAAAUCAGGUUGGUCUUGUAGGCGAUAUCUCCAAAAUGUAUAACUCGAUUCAUCUUUCCAUAGAAGAUCAGCAUACACACAGAUUUUUAUGGAGAAAUUGUGAAAUCGACAGACCACCAGAUCAUUAUGUGCUGACCAGUGUUCCAUUUGGAGAUCGCCCCAGUGGUGCUAUAGCUAUUAUAGCUCUCAAUAAAACAGCUGAAAUGCUGGAAGAUGUUUACCCAAAGGCUGCUAGUGUUAUAAAAAACAACAGCUAUGUUGAUGACAUUUUAGCAUCAGAUCCCACAUUUGAAAAUGUAUUGCAAUUGGCUAAGGAUAUCAAUCAAGUAUUGGACUUUGGUGGCUUUCACAUAAAGCAUUGGAUUAUAUCAGGAGACCAUCAUCAGGAAAUUGAUGAAAUCAACAUAAUGAAUACAGAAUCAGAAAAGGUGUUGGGACUAGUGUGGAAACCUGUUGAUGAUGUAUUUACAUUUAAAGUGCGAUUGAACUUCUCCAGGAAAACAAAGCAUAAAAGCCAUGAAGAGAAAUCAACCAAUAAGUCGGAGGAAAUUCCUGAAAAUUUGACAAGAAGAAUGGUACUCAGCCAAGUUGCAGGAGUGUAUGACCCUUUAGGACUGAUCGUUCCUUACACUCUUAGUGCAAAAUCUCUCAUAAGAAAUUUAUGCCAAGGAAACCAGAGUAAGUCUGAAGUGUGGGAUAAACCUUUAUCCGCAGAAAUGAGACAACAAUGGAUAGAAUUUUUCAAUGGACUCUUUCAGUUAGAAUCCCUGUGCAUUCCCAGAUGUUUAAAACCAACUAAUGUCUUUGGAAAUCCGGUCUUGGUGCUUUUUUCUGAUGGCAGCAAUCUUGUUUUUGGAGCGUGUGCGUACAUAAGAUGGGAGACUGCUUGGGACAUUUAUGACGUCAGAUUAAUUUUUGCAAAAAAUCGGAUUGCGCCAGUUAAGCAACUUUCCAUUCCAAGGCUUGAGCUUUGCGGUGCUGUGCUGUCAGCUAGAAUAAGGGAAAAAAUUGUGGAAAGCAUGACUUUUACAUUUCAGAGAGUAAUUCAUCUUACUGAUUCUGCAAUUGUCCGUGCCCAAAUUCAAAAGGAAAGUUACGGUUUUGGUACAUUUGUCGCCAAUAGGAUAGCCGAAAUUCAAUCAAAGACACAAAAGGCUGAAUGGUUUUGGAUUCCUUCUGAUCAAAAUCCUGCAGAUCUUACAACAAGGAUUACACAUCCCAGCAUAUUAAACAAUGAUUCAAGGUGGCAGAAAGGACCAGAAUUCUUACACUAUCCUAUUGAACAGUGGCCAAUGAAACAAACUGUUGAUGUUUCAGAAAUUCCAGAUUCAUUGGUGCACAGUGUGUUGACAGAAAUUAUUGAAGUGAAGCCAAAGGAAUCCUCAACUCGGAUACUGGAAUUGAUAGACACCACGAGAAUCUCAUCCUUGAAUAAGCUGUAUAGACUCACUGGUAUUUUGCAACUUAUAUUCAAGGCGCACUCAUUCAAGAAGAUUCUGAAAAAUGUGACAGCUGAAGUUAUAAGAGAGGCUGAAAAGGCUUGGAUUUUACAUGCUCAAAUGGACCUACCAAACAAUGUUAUGCAGAGGUUUCGACGUCUUGGCCCUGAACGAACAAAGGAUGGAAUUAUUACAGUUGGACAAAGAAUGAGUAAAUGGAUUGAAGAAACCUGGAAUCAGUCCACAUUUGCACUUCUUCCUACAAAUCACGAAUUUACAGAAUAUGUGUAG